GCUUGGCCAGACCCUGGGUGUGCCGUCCCAGCGCCAUCCCAGAGGAGCGGCCCAGCUCCCUGACCUGCGAUGCUGGCAACUGGGGAGAGUUAAUGCUGCCAUCACAGAUGGCUGCCCGCAGCCUGGCACUGGGGCUGUGGCUCCUGCUGCUUCUUCAGGACAUCCAGGCAGCCCCACAGACAUCAUUAAUCACAUCUCAUUCCUGUGACACACUUGAGAACCAGUUCUACGAUGAAACUUUACGAAGAUGCUGUUACAAGUGUCCCUCAGGCUAUGUUAAAACGAAAGAAUGUCCCACGGACCCAUAUAAACAUUGCAUGAGAUGUGGACCUGAACAAUAUCUAAAUGAAGCGUCCCAGAAGCCACAAUGCGAUGCUUGUGUAUCAUGCACAAAAGAAUCUGACCUUGUGGAGAGAGCCCCCUGCUCCUUCAAUUCUAGCCGUGUGUGUGAGUGCCGACCAGGCUUGUUCUGUCAGACCCCUGUUCUGAACACCUGCAUACGAUGCCAGCAGCACACUAUUUGCAAGGCUGGUUUUGGAGUCAAAGUCAAAGGUACCUCAACAACUGAUGUUUCUUGUGAAAAGUGCCCUCCUGGGACCUUCUCCGAUCAGAACUCCAGCACCGACAUUUGCAAGCCCCACACUGAUUGUGCUAAGGUAAACAAAGUAGUGCUAAGCAGAGGAAAUGCCACGCACGAUCAAGUUUGCAUGGACCGAGCUCCACACUUCACCCCAGGCACCUUGUCUGUGAGAUUAAGCAAUGAAACAAAUAACUCUGAUGCAAGAAGGCUUGAGGAGAAGCUGGUGACCACUGCUAGUAUCCUUCGAAGUGACAUAACAGCUGAAAACCCCAGUUCAACUGCUGAGGAGAAAGCUCUGGCUGGCACUUCUCCUAUCUCAGAUGUAGCCAAGGGGAGGACAACAAGGAGAGGUCUUGUUCUUUGGGGAGUGAUUCUCUCUGUGAUAGUGCUACUUGCGGGCAUGCUGUUAUUUUGGAAAUGGAAGGUUUGCAAGAGACGGAUCCUCAUCCUCAAAGGAAAGCCACAUCUGUAUUCAGUCACCGAACACAAAGCCAGGUCCAGAUCUCAAGGUUCUGAUCUAGUGAACAAGUAUGCAAAGAUCUUGCUGACUCCUGACAAAGAGCCAGAAGAGAAGGAGUUAAUUGACAGCACCCUCCCUUUGGAAACCAACAACAACUUGGUCCCCAGCACAGAAAAAGCAUGUAGUCCUGAUCUGAGUCUGACUGAUGUGACACAGAGCAAUGGAAAUGCCCCAGAUUGCCUUGUGGAUUCUCGAGUGAGAGACCAUACAAAUAACCGAAUUGAAAAGAUAUACAUCAUGAAAGCCGACACUGUCAUUGUGGGGUCCAUUUCAGAAGUGCCUAGUGGCAAGAACUGUGCCGUCAGAGGAUGUGAAAGUGAUGUUGAUGUCCAGGGAAACAUGGAAGAACAGGAGCUGGCAAUGCACUAUCCAGAGCAGGAGACGGAAUCUUUUCCCGGAAAUGACGUCAUGGUUCCCAUCGAAGAGGAGGGAAAGGAAUUUCGUCACCCUACCACCGCCACCGAAAAGUGAUACCCCAUUGAGAAGAGCUUGACAUGUGAAGCUACAGAAAUAGCCAGUGUGACAAUGAUCCUGAAUCUACUACAAGGGAGGUGAAUGCAUAUUGUCUUAGGUAAUCUGAAAAGAAACACAUUCAGAGAAAGAGCGCUAGAACCUAUUUCAUCUAACAGAUGAGAGGAUUGUCCAAAGCAGUGAGAAGUAUUGGCCUUCAUAUCUCACAUCAAAUGUUUCUCUCUUUUCCUCUUAUCUCUCCCAGUAUCAUGCUGGAAAUGAAUUUGAAUCAAAGCUACGAAAUUCAGAGAACUUCUGGAUACCUACUCAAGUUUCACGGCUUGCUUCCCCUGCAUGAAGGAAUGGAUUAAAACCUACAUCUGAUUACUUCUACUAGCUGUGAAAAUUCUGGCCAGAAUCCGGAGUUAAGCCUGAGAUCCUUCCAUGUUUCACAUGUUGUUUCUAUUCCAGUAUUACCAACACUUCCAAUUUUAUCAUGUGUUUUGCAACAUCUGCUGUUUUUCUUAGGGCCUCAACUCUUGAAUGAGAGUGACGAUAAUUUCUGUUUUCAGUAACACAAACAGAACUCUUGAGUUUAUGGACUUCACGUUCCUUGAGAAAGCAUGAUCAAAAGGUGCCUCACGGGCUCAGAAGACAGAAGGCAAAUAAAACUAAUUGCAAUCUGUCAUACUUUA